AUGCAGAGGGCUUGUGAGAUGAUCGUUCCCCUUCUUAAAACUGAUGCACAGAACCAGUGGUGUAGGUAUCACGUUUUAAAUGUGCAAAUACUACAACUUCUAUUAAAAGAAGGUUAUAUUAGGGGCUAUUCUGUUCAUGGAGACAGGAUCAACAUUCUUUUGAAACAUUACAAGGGUGCUCCUGUUAUACGCAACAUAAGGGUAAUAUCAAAACCCAGUAGGGACAUUUGGGUUACUCCUCACGAACUUAAAUCCAGAACUAAAUUCAACACCGGUUUGUGGAUUCUACAGACUUCUGUUGGCGUUGUGAGUCAUAGAGAUUGUAUUAAUAUGGGAAUCGGUGGAAAAAUGCUAAUCGCAGUAAAUAAUAAUUUUCAACAUUUUUGUUGA